UUGUAUUUUGGGAGAACGGUGUGUGUUUUGUUUUUGGAGGCUUUUUCACACAACUGCAAUGGACUCCAACGACCCUGAGGGCUACACGUGGAAGAGCAAGAUGAGUGCCAACAUCCGGCGGCAGGAGGAGCUGAUCGCCCAGAGGAAGCGGGAGAUCGAGGCCAAGAUGGCCGCCGCCGAGCAGGCUGCCGCACGCAGCAAAAUGGCCGCCACCACCGCCGCAGCAAGGCCUCUACCGACUGCAGCAAGUGUCCGCAGCCACCAGGCCUCCUCCUCCUCCUCCUCCUCUUCUUCCUCCAACAAGUUUGUGAACGACGGCAGCUUCCUACAGCAGUUCCUGAAGAUGCAGAAAGACAAACCUGGCUCCGACUCAGGAGCGAGUGGCAAGUGUCCGCAGCAGAAGAAACAGGUGAUGAUCGGGAAGCGGCCGGGUCUCGGCCUCAGCAGCAUGCUGAAGAGCUACUCACAGGCCAGAAAGCCUGCGUCGGGGCAGCUGGUGCCCAAGCCCAGUGUCUUCGAGGAGGACGACAACGAGGACGAGAUAGAUGAUGAACACUUCCUGGAUCUGAAAGUUUCUCCACCAGAGGACGUGGACCAGCGCUGCAUCCUCCACAAGAUGGCCGACUUCGUGGCGGAGGGCGGCCCAGAGCUGGAGCGCAAGGCGGCGGAGGAUUACCGUGACAACCCACUGUUCGGCUUUCUCCAAGACAAGAAUAGUCGGGAGUACCUUUAUUAUCGUAAACGGGUAGCUGAACUCCGGAAGAAGCUCAACAUCCAACUUCCUAAGCCUCAGCCUAAGCAGAAACAACAACAACAACAACAACAACAACAACACGGCAACGCAGAUGACAGCCCUCCACCUUCCAGAGACGCACACACACCACCACCACCAUCAUCAUCAUCGGCAUCUCCACCACCCCGUGUGGAUGAGGAGACGAUGGAGGUGUGUGUGAAGCUGGCCCAGUUCGUAGCCGACGGCGGGCCGGAGGUGGAGGCCAUGGCAGCCCAGCACAACCGAGACAACCCAGCAUUCAGUUUCCUGUAUGAGCCGCAGAGUGCUGCCUACCAGUUCUACCGGCGGAAGGUCGAGGAGUUCCAGAGGGCCAAAGAGCAGGAGAUAGAGGAGAGGGAAGAACGAGAGGAGAGAGAGGCAAGAGAAGAAGAAGAAGAAGAAGAAGAAGAGAGAGGAGAGAGGGAGGAAGUGCGUCCUCCGCCCGUGCCCCCCGUCUCCAGGGAGGUUCCCUCUGCCCCCUUGGCGGUCCCGGAGCCUGUCUCUAGCACGGACGCCCCGGCGGCCAAACGCAAGCGCAAGAGUCGCUGGGGGGCAGAGGACGACAAGGUGGACCUCCCCACGCCCCCCAUUAUCGACCCCACCCCCACCCCCACCCCCACCACACCCGUCGUUGAGGACACUCCGGCACUCUCAGCCCAAGAGUUGGCGUGUCUUGGCUACAAGAAGGGGAAGCCCAUGGGCCUGGUGGGAGUCACAGAGCUCUCUGAGGACCAGAAGAAACAACUCAAGGAACAGCAAGAGAUGCAGGAGAUGUUUGACAUGAUCAUGAAGCACAAGAGGGCGAUGCAGGACAUGCAGCUGAUGUGGGAGAGGGCCCUGCGGGACCACCAGCACGAGUACGACUCCGAUGAGGAGGUGGACUCCAGGGACGGCACCUGGGAGCACCGGCUACGCAAGAUGGAGAUGGACAAGACGCGAGAGUGGGCGGAGUCUCUAACGGACAUGGGGAAGGGGAAACACUUCAUCGGUGACUUCCUGCCGCCAGACGAGCUGGAGAGGUUUAUGGAGACCUUCAAAGCCCUCAAGGAGGGUCGUGAUCCAGACUACUCGGAGUAUAAGGAGUUCAAGCUGACGGUGGAGAACAUCGGGUUCCAGAUGCUCAUGAAGAUGGGGUGGAAGGAGGGAGACGGCCUCGGGUCCGACGGACAGGGCAUCAAGGCGCCCGUCAACAAGGGUACCACGGCGGUAGACGGGGCUGGUUUCGGCGUGGACCGACCGGCCGAGCUCAACAAGGGAGACGACGAGUACGAUGCCUUCAGGAAGAGGAUGAUGCUGGCAUACCGCUUCAGGCCCAACCCCCUGAAUAAUCCCAGGCGACCGUACUACUGAGUUCCUCCAGCAGGUGGCGGCGUGCGUCACACAGCCCCUUUAUUUCACAUGUCUACCCACGUGGGGUCCCCAGGCAAACUAGAGCCAUGGGGCCCCUCGUGAAUUGAAAAUUGAAAAUGAAAGACAUGCUCUGCUAACACACACACACACACACACACACACACACACACACACACACACACACACACACACACACACACACACACACACACACACACAGAGUAGCAGUUCUAUCCAUUUGGGCCCUGGUGAGUUAUUUUGGCCAGUAUGUAUAUUCCACAGUGGUGAGUAUCGAUGACAGAGGGGCAGACUGGCUCGGUCCCCUAGACAACUGGUUCACAUUAUUGCAUUUUCAUUUCGCUUUCAACAUACACACAGCUAUGACAAAAAGUGUGAGUGGUGCAUUGGCAUUUUAUUAGGAUCUCCAUUAGCUGAUCAAA